CUGUUGAGUCGAUUGAGCCGCUCUGAUACAAUCUACCGAAAGGGGGGGUGAGGGGAAAAAAACACAACUGGGGCAGGUCGCUCUUUGUUUCUGGCUAGGAAGAGAACCGAGAAACACUGUGAGCGGUCAGAAUCCAAACAGCAACUUUCUCCACUUGUGGGUACUUCCUGCUGCCACACAUUCCUUCCUUCGCCUGAGAGAUGUCCACUCCUGACCCCCCGAUGGGAGGGACACCUCGCCCGGGUCCCUCCCCAGGUCCGGGUCCAUCUCCGGGCGGCAUGCUGGGCCCCAGUCCCGGACCCUCGCCGGGCUCGGCUCACAGCAUGAUGGGGCCUAGCCCAGGACCUCCGGGAUCGGGACACCCCCACCCUCCACAGGGACCCUCAGGAUAUCCUCAGGACAACAUGCACCAGAUGCACAAACCAAUGGAAGCCAUGCAUGAAAAAGGAAUGCCCGAUGACCCUCGCUACAGUCAGAUGAAGGGCAUGGGCAUGAGACCGGGAGGACACAGUGGGAUGGGACCCCCUCCAAGCCCGAUGGAUCAACAUUCCCAAGGUUACCCGUCUCCUUUGGGAGGGUCGGAGCACGCGCCCAGUCCUGUCCCAGCCAACGGCCCCCCCUCAGGCCCUGGGGCUGGCCCCAUGGAAGCCGGAGGCGACCCCAGUCAGGUUAUGGGCCAACCGAACCGUGGUGCUCCUCAGGGCCCGGGGGUGCCACCUGGUCCUGGCGGGCCACCGGGUGGUGCCGGUGGACCCGCUUCUUUUACCCAAAACCAGCUGCACCAACUCAGGGCUCAGAUCAUGGCUUACAAGAUGCUAGCACGGAAUCAGGGGCUUCCGGAACACCUGCAGAUGGCCGUUCAGGGCAAAAGACCCAUGCCCGGGAUGCAGCAGCAGCCCAUGCCAAACAUGCCCCCCUCUGCAGGACCUGGAGGCGGCCCCGGUGCCGGCCCGGGACCAGCUCAGGCCAACUACAACAGACCACAUGGGAUGGUAGGUCCCAAUAUGGUCCCUCCUGGACCUGCAGGAGUUCCACCUGGUAUGCAAGGCCAGCCUGCCAAUGGACCUCCAAAAUCAUGGCCUGAAGGACCAAUCGUGAACGCUGCUGCUCCAUCCAACCCUCCUCAGAAGCUGAUUCCACCUCAGCCCACCGGCAGACCCUCUCCCGCUCCCCCCUCAGUGCCUCCAGCUGCCUCUCCGGUGAUGCCUCCUCAGACGCAGUCCCCGGGCCAACCUGCACAGCCUCCCCCUAUGAUGCUGCACCAGAAGCAGAACCGCAUUACCCCCAUCCAGAAACCCCGCGGGCUGGACCCCGUAGAGAUCCUCCAAGAGAGAGAAUACAGGCUUCAGGCUCGUAUCACUCACCGCAUCCAGGAGCUGGAGAACCUGCCCGGCUCUCUGGCUGGUGAUUUACGGACCAAGGCCACCAUCGAGCUGAAGGCCUUGAGGCUUCUCAACUUCCAAAGACAGCUGCGUCAGGAGGUGGUGGUUUGCAUGCGGCGGGACACUGCUCUGGAAACCGCGCUGAACGCCAAAGCUUACAAACGCAGCAAACGCCAGUCUCUGCGAGAGGCCCGCAUCACAGAGAAGCUCGAGAAGCAGCAAAAGAUCGAGCAAGAGCGGAAACGGCGCCAGAAACACCAGGAAUACCUCAACAGCAUCCUGCAGCACGCCAAGGACUUCAAGGAGUACCACCGCUCCAUCACAGCAAAAAUCCAGAAGGCCACCAAAGCUGUCGCCACUUACCAUGCCAACACGGAGCGCGAGCAGAAGAAAGAGAACGAGCGGAUUGAGAAGGAGAGAAUGCGGAGGCUGAUGGCUGAAGAUGAAGAAGGUUACCGUAAACUCAUUGACCAAAAGAAAGACAAGCGUCUGGCUUACCUGCUGCAGCAGACGGACGAGUACGUUGCCAACCUCACGGAGCUGGUGCGCGCCCACAAAGCUGCUCAGGCCCUAAAGGAGAAGAAGAAGAAGAAGAAAAAGAAGAAGCCAGAGUCUGCAGAAAGUGGUGCUGCUUCUUUAGGACCCGAUGGAGAGCCGUUGGACGAGACCAGUCAGAUGAGCGACCUGCCGGUCAAAGUCAUCCACGUGGACAGCGGAAAGAUUUUGACUGGAGUUGAAGCGCCCAAGGCCGGCCAGCUGGAAGCCUGGCUAGAAAUGAACCCAGGAUACGAAGUAGCACCGCGUUCAGACAGUGAAGACAGCGGCUCAGAUGAUGAUGACGAUGAAGAGGACGAUGAGGAGGAAAAACCCUCUACAGCCCCAGCAGAGGAGAAGAAGAAGAUUCCAGACCCCGACAGCGAAGACGUGUCAGAAGUGGACGUCCGGCACAUCAUCGAUAACGCCAAGCAGGAUGUAGACGAUGAAUACGGCAACGCAAGUUUCCAACGCGGCCUGCAGUCGUACUACGCUGUAGCUCACGCCGUCACAGAAAAGGUGGAUAAGCAGUCCUCCCUGCUGGUCAACGGGCAGCUCAAGCAAUACCAGAUUAAAGGUCUGGAGUGGCUGGUGUCACUUUACAACAACAACCUGAACGGCAUCCUGGCUGAUGAGAUGGGUCUGGGGAAAACCAUUCAGACCAUCGCCCUCAUCACUUACCUCAUGGAGUACAAGCGCAUCAACGGACCCUUCCUCAUCAUCGUUCCUCUCUCAACUUUGUCAAACUGGGUGUACGAGUUUGAUAAGUGGGCUCCGUCUGUGGUGAAGGUCUCAUACAAGGGCUCUCCAGUCGCUCGCCGUGCUUUUGUUCCCAUCUUGCGCAGCGGCAAAUUCAACGUGCUGCUAACCACCUACGAGUACAUCAUCAAGGACAAACAAGUGCUAGCUAAGAUCCGUUGGAAGUACAUGAUUGUGGACGAAGGUCAUCGCAUGAAGAACCACCACUGUAAGCUGACGCAGGUGCUUAACACGCACUACUUAGCGCCCCGGCGUUUGCUGCUCACGGGCACGCCGCUGCAGAACAAACUCCCCGAGCUGUGGGCGCUGCUCAACUUCCUGCUGCCCACCAUCUUCAAGAGCUGCAGCACCUUCGAGCAGUGGUUCAACGCCCCCUUCGCCAUGACGGGGGAGAAGGUUGAUCUGAAUGAAGAGGAGACCAUCCUGAUUAUCCGCCGUUUACACAAAGUGCUGCGACCGUUCUUGCUGCGCAGACUCAAGAAGGAGGUGGAGGCGCAGCUGCCGGAGAAGGUGGAGUAUGUGAUCAAGUGCGACAUGUCGGCGCUGCAGCGAGUUCUGUACAGACACAUGCAGGCGAAGGGGGUCCUGCUCACAGACGGCUCCGAAAAAGACAAGAAGGGUAAGGGAGGUACCAAGACCCUGAUGAACACCAUCAUGCAGCUGAGAAAGAUUUGCAAUCAUCCCUUCAUGUUCCAGCACAUCGAGGAAUCGUUUUCGGAGCAUUUAGGUUAUUCUGGAGGAAUCGUGACCGGGCCCGACCUCUACCGGGCUUCUGGGAAAUUUGAGCUGCUAGAUCGGAUUCUGCCCAAGCUGAGAGCCACAAACCACAAAGUGCUGCUGUUCUGUCAAAUGACCACCCUCAUGACCAUCAUGGAGGACUACUUCGCCUACCGCAGCUUCAAGUAUCUGCGUCUGGAUGGAACGACCAAAGCUGAGGACCGAGGCAUGCUGCUGAAGACGUUCAACGACCCGGCCUCGGAGUACUUCAUCUUCCUGCUCAGUACCAGAGCCGGAGGUCUGGGUCUGAACCUGCAGUCUGCCGACACUGUGAUCAUUUUUGACAGCGACUGGAACCCCCACCAGGACUUGCAGGCUCAGGACCGAGCUCAUCGCAUCGGUCAGCAGAACGAGGUGCGUGUUCUGCGGCUCUGCACCGUCAACAGCGUGGAGGAGAAGAUCCUCGCAGCGGCCAAGUACAAACUGAACGUGGACCAGAAGGUCAUCCAGGCCGGCAUGUUCGACCAGAAGUCCUCGGGCUAUGAGCGGCGGGCGUUCCUGCAGGCCAUCCUGGAGCACGAAGAGCAGGACGAGGAGGAAGACGAGGUGCCCGAUGAUGAAACCGUGAACCAGAUGAUUGCCAGGAGUGAGGAGGAGUUUGAACAGUUCAUGCGCAUGGACCUGGACAGGCGCCGCGAAGAAGCUCGCAACCCCAAGAGGAAACCUCGUCUGAUGGAGGAGGACGACCUCCCCAACUGGAUCUUAAAGGACGACGCCGAGGUGGAGAGGCUAACCUGCGAAGAGGAGGAGGAGAAGAUGUUCGGCAGGGGGUCCCGCCAGCGGAAGGAGGUGGACUACAGCGACUCGCUCACGGAGAAGCAAUGGCUGAAGGCCAUCGAGGAAGGUAAUCUGGAGGACAUAGAGGAGGAAGUGCGCCACAAGAAGACCACCAGGAAGCGGAGGAGGGACCGGGACCACGACGGCGGGUCCUCCUCGCUGGGCUCCAGCAGCCGUGGGCGCGACAAGGAUGAGGAGGUGAAGAAGGCCAAGAAACGAGGCCGUCCGCCUGCAGAGAAGCUCUCCCCCAAUCCGCAGUCCCUCACCAAGAAGAUGAAGAAGAUCGUCGACGCCGUCAUCAAGUACAAGGACAGUAACGGCCGACAGCUGAGCGAGGUUUUCAUCCAGCUUCCUUCUCGUAAAGAGCUGCCAGAAUAUUACGAGCUCAUCCGCAAACCUGUCGACUUCAGAAAGAUCAAGGAGAGGAUCCGCAGCCACAAAUACCGCAGCCUGAACGACCUGGAGAAGGAUGUGAUGCUGCUCUGCCAGAACGCUCAGACCUUUAACCUGGAGGGCUCGUUGAUCUACGAGGACUCCAUCGUUCUCCAGUCAGUCUUCACCAGUGUGAGGCAGAAGAUUGAGAAGGAGGACGAAAGCGAGGGCGAGGAGAGCGAAGAGGAGGAGGAGGAUGUCGAUGAAGGCUCCGAGUCUGAAUCGCGAUCGGUGAAGGUGAAGAUCAAACUGAGCCGGAAGGAGAAGGGGGACAGGGGAGGAAAAGGCCAGAAGCGGAGGGGCCGCGGCUCCCGGGCCAAACCGGUGGUCAGCGACGAUGACAGCGAGGAGGAGCAGGAGGAGGAACGCUCGGCCAGCGGCAGCGACGACGAUUGAAGCCACUCAACCAGCAGUCCACGGAGCCUUUGACUGCACUUUUAUACGUUUUACUUAGAAUCAGCAGUCAGUCCGUCAGUCAGCCUAGUUUUACCUAGAAAAGUUGAUUUUUAGUGAAACUCUUGCAUUACACAAUUUAUUAAAAAACUAUGAACCAUCCACUUCAUAUUUAAAUCAUUUCCUGUCAUGAUUAGUCGUGUGUCUCUUUGCCUUUUUUGUGUUUUCUCCCGUAGAUGAAACAUCAACGGAGCCUGAAUUAUUAUUAACUGAUGGUGGGCCUUUGAAACAUGUUUUUAAGUGAGGCGAAGCAUUUGUAUGAACGAGGAGACCCUUUCCUGAGUCUGUGGAAAUGCACCCGUCCUCGCUAUUCUGUGUUUAAUUUAAGACUACAAGCGGGAUGACGGUACAUCCCACCCUGCAGCCCCUCCCUCUCAGGUCACGUGUGUAAUAAACGGGAGGGAGGGUGAGGACCAUUUUCUCCUGUCAGUGUCACUGGACUCCAAAACGUUACAAUAAAAUCAUCUCAUGAAUAAAGUG